GAGAACGGAAACUAUUACAAAGUUGAGACAAGGUCGGCAAAAUCUGUCUCCGCCUCCACUCCAUCCCCGUUGCGAUGCUACACGGGAUAUACUGCUCUAAGAUUCAGAGAAUCUUCUCUUAUAGAGUCCAAUGGAAUUAACUUCUUGUCCAAUUAA